AUGUCGGUGCCGCUGCUGAAGAUCGGCGUGGUGCUGAGCACGAUGGCCAUGAUCACCAACUGGAUGUCGCAGACGCUGCCCUCGCUCGUGGGGCUCAACACCACCAAGCUCAGCGCCGCCUCGGGGGGCACCUUGGACCGCAGCACCGGCGUGUUGCCUACCAACCCUGAGGAAAGCUGGCAGGUGUACAGUUCUGCUCAGGACAGUGAAGGACGAUGCAUCUGCACAGUGGUGGCACCUCAGCAGACGAUGUGCUCACGGGAUGCCAGAACAAAGCAGCUACGACAACUCUUGGAAAAGGUACAAAACAUGUCCCAGUCAAUAGAAGUCUUGGACAGGCGGACUCAACGGGAUCUUCAGUAUGUGGAGAAAAUGGAAAAUCAAAUGAGAGGCCUGGAAUCCAAGUUCAAGCAAGUGGAGGAGAGUCAUAAGCAACACCUGGCCAGACAGUUUAAGGCAAUAAAAGCGAAAAUGGAGGAGCUUAGGCCCUUGAUCCCAGUCUUGGAGGAGUACAAAGCCGAUGCCAAAUUGGUUUUGCAGUUUAAGGAAGAGGUGCAGAACCUGACGUCGGUUCUAAACGAGCUCCAGGAGGAAAUUGGCGCCUUUGACUACGAAGAGCUCCAGAGCAGAGUGUCAAAUCUUGAAGAGAGGCUGCGGGCAUGCAUGCAGAAAUUAGCCUGUGGGAAACUGACUGCAAUAAGCGACCCCAUCACCGUAAAGACCUCCGGCUCAAGGUUUGGCUCCUGGAUGACGGACCCCUUGGCCCCCGAGGGUGAAAGCAAGGUGUGGUACAUGGACAGUUAUCAUAACAACCGAUUCGUCCGCGAGUACAAAUCCAUGUCAGACUUCAUGAACACGGAUAACUUCACCUCUCACCGCCUUCCACACCCAUGGUCCGGCACCGGCCAAGUGGUCUACAAUGGCUCAAUUUAUUUCAACAAAUACCAAAGCCACAUCAUCAUCAGGUUUGACUUGAAAACGGAGACCAUCCUUAAAACCCGUAGCCUGGACUACGCCGGCUACAAUAACGUCUACCAUUACGCCUGGGGAGGCCACUCAGACAUCGACCUCAUGGUGGACGAGAACGGGCUGUGGGCCGUGUACGCCACCAACCAAAAUGCAGGGAACAUUGUCAUCAGCAAGCUGGACCCCAACACCUUGCAGAGCCUCCAGACCUGGAACACGAGUUACCCCAAGCGCAGUGCCGGCGAAGGGUUCAUCAUCUGCGGCACAUUAUACGUCACCAAUGGCUACUCGGGAGGGACCAAGGUGACGUACGCUUACCAGACCAACAGCUCCACUUACGAAUACAUAGACAUCCCAUUCCUAAACAAGUACUCGCACAUUUCCAUGCUGGACUACAACCCCAAGGACCGAGCCCUCUACGCUUGGAACAAUGGCCACCAGAUACUGUACAAUGUCACCCUUUUCCACGUCAUCAGGUCUGACGAGUUAUAGUCCUUUUGGGGGCUGCGGAGAUGGGACGGAAGGCUUCACGCACAGCAAACCGCCGAGAGCCGAAGGCUGUCAGGGAACGUAUAUAAAACAAUCAAAAGGGAAGUUUCAAAACGGAGCAACUGCCAAACCAGAAAUGGAGAGGAUUAUAACCUGAGUUAAAACUGCAAGAUGAGAACUUUUACCUCUCAAAUGUCAAACUACUAUUACCGAACAACAGGAAUAAAAAUAACAAUAAUAAAUACGCUACUCAUUUGCAGCUGGAACUGCACUUGAAAAAUACUUUCCAGCCACUUUUUCAGGGUGGGGCCGGGGUGGUUGUUCCCCCCCCCUCCAUUUAUGUUCCAAUAGCAGAGCUGUAGUUACAGAGUACGAUGAAAGGCGAUGACUGUUGGAUAUUCAUUAGGGGUUUCCUGGGUUUCUUGUUUCCCCUCUUUAUUUCUUUCGCCUUUGUUCUUUUUCUUGGUGUGUUGCAUGGACACUUCCCUACAUCACAGAGAGCGGCGAUGAAUGUCUGGGGGUUGUUUGACAGCGUACAGUUGAUUCACACUAGCAGAGUUUGAUUUUUUUAAAAUGCAAAGAGGGUUGUGUGUAAAGAUUGUAUAACCAUUACAGCUAGCAACUCAUCUCUCUCUUUCUCUCUCCCUUUUUCUGUGCUUUAUGUCCCCUUUAGACAAACUGUCCUGAGACCCAAAGUAGCUAAUGGAACUGUGUCUUUAGUAGCUAUAAAAUACAAAAAGAAAAAAAAAGUUAUGUACUAUUGACAAGAUGUUGUACCCAAAUAUUUGUUUGAACAUGUAUCCAACCAAUAACUUGUACCCUAAAUGUCUGUUAUUAUCCAGAGGUGGAAAACUUUAUAUGUCCAAGUUUAUGCAAUGAAUGUUGUAAAUGCAAAUGAUGUCAU